AUGCUGGCGCUGUGCCUGCUGUCCCUGGCCUGGCUCAGCGAGGGGUCCCAGCGCAGCGAGCCCAUGUUCACGGCCGUCACCCACCGCCUUCUCCCACCUGACUACGACAGCAACCCCACACAGCUCAACUACGGCGUGGCUGUCACCGACCUGGAUGCAGCCACCAUCACCCCUGCUCGCACCCACAGGUACAAUGGCCCCAACCUGGUGCUCAAGUAUGACAAGGCACGGGGACGGCUGGUGAACGUGGCGGAGGACGAGCGGAGCUCCCCGUACUACGCUCUGCGGGACCGGCAGGGCAACGCCAUCGGUGUGACAGCCUGCGACAUCGACGGGGACGGCCGUGAGGAGGUCUACUUCCUCAACACCAACAAUGCCUUCUCCGGCAUGGCCACCUACACGGACAAGCUCUUCAAACUCCGCAAUGGGCGCUGGGAGGACCUCCUGAGCGACGAGGUGAACCGGGAUGUCGCCAGCCGCUUUGCUGGGCGCUCCGUCGCCUGCGUGGGCCGGACGGGUGCCAGCUGCCCCCUCAGCACCAGGCUGCUGUCCCCAGGGGGCCGUGGAGUGGCUGUGGGCCCCAUCCUGAGCGACAGCGCCUCCGACAUAUUCUGCGGUAACGAGAACAGCCCCAAUUUCCUCUUCCACAACCGGGGGAAUGGGACAUACCAGGAUGUGGCAGCUGCUGUGGGGCUGGAUGACCCCUACCAGCACGGACGUGGCGUGGCACUGGCUGACUUCAACCGGGAUGGCCGGGUGGACAUCGUCUACGGCAACUGGAAUGGGCCGCACCGCCUCUACCUGCAGAGUGGGGGCCCUGGCCGGGUCCGAUUUCGGGACAUCGCCACCCCCAAGUUCUCCAUGCCAUCCCCGGUCCGCACCGUCAUAGCAGCCGACUUCGACAAUGACCAAGAGUUGGAGGUUUUCUUCAACAACAUCGCCUACCGUGGCUCCUCCGCCAACCGCCUCUUCCGGCUCGUCCGCAGGGAGCACUCAGAUCCCAUCGUGGAAGAGCUGAAUCCAGGGGAUGCACUGGAGCCUGAGGGACGGGGCACGGGGGGUGCAGUGACAGAUUUUGACGGUGAUGGGAUGCUGGACCUGAUCCUGUCCCAUGGCGAGUCCAUGGCACAGCCCAUCUCCAUCUUCAAGGGCACCCAGGGCACCGGCAACAACUGGCUGCGUGUCAUUCCCCGCACCCGCUUCGGGGCCUUUGCACGGGGGGCCAAAGUGGUGCUGUUCACGCGGCGCAGUGGAGCCCACCUGCGCAUCAUCGAUGGUGGAUCGGGGUACCUUUGCGAGAUGGAACCCGUGGCACACUUUGGACUGGGGCACGACGAAGCCAGCAGCCUGGAGGUGACCUGGCCGGACGGCCGCGUCAUGGUGCGAGCUGUGGCCAGCAGUGAGACCAACUCCGUCCUGGAAGUCCCCUACCCUCUGGACGUGGAGGAGCCACUCAUGCCUGCCCCGCUGGAGUGCGGGCAGGGAUUCUCCCAGCACGAGAACGGACGCUGCGUAGACAUCGACGAGUGUGCCCAGGGCUUGCACAACUGCAGCCAGCUCUGCACCAACACCCCCGGGGCACACGCCUGCCACUGCCGCCCGGGCUUCCGCCCCCUUGAUCCCGCUGCCAGCCAGUGCCUGGCUGCCGCUGCUGGAGCUGCCACUGCUGCACCGGUCCUCGUAGAUGGAGAUCUCAAUCUGGGCCCUGAUAAGGAUCAUCAGUGGGAUGUGCCAGCCACAAAUCUAAUUGCCUAA